AUGAUUUUGCAGCCAGUGAGUUUCUGUUGCCUGUUCAACUUAAAAACAAAUAGAUGGCUUUGUAACAGAUCAUUAUCUCCAAGUGAGGACAAGAGUGGAAAUGAUACUCGACAAGAAAAGGAAACGGAGAAUGAACCGCCAUUGAUUUGUGCUGCUGGUGAAGGCGAAUCUGCAGAACCCUCUACACUCGCAGCAUCGAAGAAAUAUAGACGCCAGACCAAUAUGUGUUAUUUCUGUGAAACGGACGUACAAACCUUGUACGCCCUCUACGCAGGAACCAUUUACUUGCACUUUUGA